AUGUCACUCCCACGUUUGGAACUGAUGGGUGCAGUUGUCGCCGCACGGCUGUCGAACUACAUCAUUAAAACGCUUCCUCCUCUCGAUUUGGCGAUCCAUCUUUGGUCGGACUCGACUGUAACCCUGCAUUGGAUUAAGGGUAAUGCCCACCGAUGGAAACAAUUUGUCGCCAACCGCGUCUCCGAGAUUCAGCAGCUGACGGAUCCCACUAAUUGGAGUCACUGCCCAGGAAAAGAAAACCCCGCGGACUUGCUUACGCGUGGCCAACGACCGGACGCCCUCCUGAGAAGUCAAGUGUGGUGGAAUGGUCCACAAUGGCUACAGAUACCGCAGUCACAAUGGUUACUUGAGCCCUCGGUACCAGCGAACGUGGAAGAUUACUCCGCAGAAGACAGAAAAAGUGUGAAGAUCCACCACGUUGUUACCGAACCGGUGUCAAGUCCCAUAUUACGCAUCGAAAGCUACAGCCCCCUAACGCGAGUGACCCGUAUAACUGCGUGGGUCAAACGGUUCGUCAGCAACUGCAGGAACAGAUCACGUAGACGGACGGGACAACUGACUUCCGAGGAAUUAACGGCUGCAGAGAUUUAUUGUAUAACUAACGUGCAAAGGGAUGCAUUCGCCAAAGAUAUUGCGAAGUUGCGUUCAACGGAGCCGCUCGGACCAGACAGCACCAUCUGUAACCUUUCCCCAUACCUGGACAAGAAUGGGAUUCUCCGUGUUGGGGGAAGACUCCAGUUCAGCGACAUAAAGGAGACAACGAAGCAUCCUGUGAUUCUUCCGUCAACUCACUCAUUUACUGCCCUUCUCAUUGACAGGGAACACAGACGACUGCUGCAUGCGGGGGUGCGGGAUACUUUGGCUCAGCUACGGGAGGACUAUUGGAUCGCGAAGGGACGCCAGGAUGUGAAAAAGAUUAUCUGUCGUCGUCUAAUUUGCCGAAAGGAAAAGUGCAAGCCCGCGACAGAGCCGGUAGCCCACUUCCCGCUGACCGAGUGUCAAAGCGCGAGCCGUUCGAUGUAA